AUCCUGCAUUUGAAGUCUAUGUGCAUGUCACAUUCAGAAGUGAAAUGGUGAGUGUUACUUGUAAUAUACAUGUAGCUACUAUUUGAUAAAUAUAUGCGCCAUAGAGUGAAUAUUUUUGCUAAUUAACGAAGCUGUCAAUGCCCAACUUGUUUUAAUCCCCAUACAGAGCGUUGGGUUCUCACCAGCUAUCUGAAGUUUUUCGGACAGCAAAAUGGACUUCUCAAAAUUUCUGGACGAUGAUUUCGAUGUUAAGGAUUGGGUGAAUGGGGCCUUCAAGAUGCAGAAGGAUGCGCCUGGGAAGGCAGAUGCGCACGCGGCAACGCUGGUCAUGAAAUUGCAGGUGUUCAUCCAGGAAGUCAACAACGCAAUAGAGGGUAACCAAAGAUUUGUUUAACUAACGUUAACCUGUGGGGUAACUGUGACAUGGGACAUACUCUUUUCAUGCCACUUCGAUACAGCUACGAACGGAAGUGAUUUUCGUAGCAGGUUAAGAGUGCAUUUUGGCUAACCUUUUUCCUAACGUCCUAGCUAAUUCUCCUAACCUGCUACGAAAAAGUAACUUCCGGUCCUAGCUGUAUCGAAAUGGCGUGAAAAUAGUGUUUCACACUGUGACGGGACAUAUACUCUGGGCCAGACCGCUCAUUAUGCAGGAUCUGAGCUAAACUGACCAAGCUGCACCUCCAACAACACAUACAACCUCACAUAAUUCUGCCCAAAAACAAUGACAAUUUCUCUCAACCAGUGGCAUAUGCACAUUUUUGGUGAGCGCUGAUACCACCCUGUGAUAAGCAGUGCCCAAAGGCAGGGAAACAAAAUAUUUAUCUUAUCCAUUCCCAGGGUGCUGUUGGAGAGAUGCAUCACUGCAGCACAUUCCGUCAAAAAAAUAAUCUAACAUAAAUCGUGUAGCAGAUAUAGCAUAUUGUAGAAAUAGUAUGUGGCCUUUUCUGUAUAAAAUGUAUGACAAUGUAAUGAGACGGAAACUUUUUACAUCAUGCAGGUUUCUCCGAUCAAAUAGCCUAACCUAAAUGGCACUCAAUCAAAUAAUAAAUGUGCUGACAUGUUAACAAACAUAUCCUAAAAACAGGACAGGUCAAAGUAAAAUGGACAAUAUGGAAUGGACAAUCAGGCUACUCACAACUGCUGUCCAGGAGUUUCAUCCCGUGAGCUAAAUUUUCAUGAUUGGUGGUUUAAAGUUUGUAUCAGUACAUUUUUUAAGAGCUGAUCAUAGCGAAAAAUAAAAUACUUCUGCUUUUCCCGCUGUGUAAUAAACACAUUGCAAAUAGGCUCAGGAUAACUCCUCCUGAUAAAGUUGGGUAGCUGAUAUUCAGAGCUUAAAUAGCCAAAUUGAUUAGUCAUAGGAAUCAGGACUAAUAAAGCCAAUGCAACGGCCUGUUUUACAAACAGUGAGCCUACCACAUAGAUGGGCAUUCCAAAAAUUAUAUUGCAGGCAGACAUGGUAGGCUGUACCUUAGUAAGCACGGACCGACGCUGACGCCUUUUGGACGUCUUUUUGUUGGUGUAGUCCGGACCAGCCUUGAUUUCUACAGAUUUUGGUUUUUGGUCCAGAUCAAAUCUGAACCAAUCAUAGACAUUCUAGAUUUGCAGGGGGUGGCAGGGCGGCCAGGACCAGUCCUGCAUAUACUGAACAGAUUAAUAAAGCAACAUGUAAAUCUUCUUUCUCUCAAAUGUUGUGCACAAAUUUGUUUACAUCCCUGGGUUAUGGUAUGGGCAGGCAUAAGCUACGGACAACGAAGACGAUUGCAUUUUAUCGAUGGCAAUUUGAAUGCACAGAGAUACCUUGACGAGAUCCUGAGGCCCAUUGUUGUGCCGUUCAUCUGCCACCAUCACCUCAUGUUUCAGCAUGAUAAUGCACGGCCCCAAGUCGCAAGGGUCUUUACACAAUUCCUGGAAGCUGAAAAUGUUCUUCCAUGGCCUGCAUACUCACCAGACUUGUCACCCAUUGAGCCUGUUUGGGAUGCUCUGGAUCAACGUGUACGACAGCGUGUUCCAGUUCCCGCAACUUCGCACAGCCAUUGAAGAGGAGUGGGACAACAUUCCACAGUCCACAAUCAACAGCCUGAUCAACUCUAUGCGAAGGAGAUGUGUCGCGCUGCAUGAGGCAAAUGGAGGUCACACCAGAUACUGACUGGUUUUCUGAUCCACGCCCCUACCUUUUUUUAAAGGUAUCUGUACAUCUGUAUUCACAGUCAUGUGAAAUCCAUAGAUUAGAGCCUAAUGAAUUCAUUUCAAUUGACUGAUUUUCUUAUAUGAACUGUAACUCAGUAAAAUCUUUGAAAUUGUUGCAUGUUAAGUUUAUAUUUUUGUUCAGUGUCCUAGGAAUGUUGAACGAAUGGGCUACUGCACAGUCACUAUGGGGAGCUCAUUCUAGAGCGCCUGGUUAAAUUGUGCAAAAUCUCUAAAUGGUUAAACUAGUGAGAAAUAUGGGAUUAUUUAACAAAUCUGUGAAUUUGCUUCAUUUACUAUCAUCCUAAAUUAAGAUAUAGAAUUAUUUUGCCAUUAUCUAGUUAAUGUAUAUUAUGCUACUUUCCAUGAUGUGCACAGUAUGUGUUACUACAUUACACAAGCAGACGUUUUGACCACAUCGAAUUGGGGGGAAUUAGACAAUUUUUACCGUAGAUUGGUGAUGUUUAAAAGUUUAUUGUCAAUAAAAUGACACAAGUUCAGUUGCUUAAAACAGAUCAAUAUCUUUGGUUUUGUACUCUUGAUUUUGUCAUAUGCGCUGGGGUCACAGGACUUAGAACGCAGGUAUCAUUUUCUUUCUGAAAUGGUAUGGAUAAUUCGGAAUGCUCUCUCUAUAAAAGUUGCUGGCCACACCAAUAAACUGACUUGACAGUCAACUAUCACUUAAAUAGCAGCCAAUUGUUGUCACUGUUGAUAUCUUAUGGUGGGUCGUGAUUCGUUGAGGAUUACUAACAGAAAGUGGUUUCUUACAUUUUAGUCAUUUAGCAGACGCUCUUAUCCAGAGCGACUUACAGUUAGUGAAUAUAUAUUUUUUUAAUACUGGCCCCCCGUGGGAAUCGAACCCACAACCCUGGCGUUGCAAACGCCAUGCUCUAUCAACUGAGCUACAUCCCUGCCGGCCAUUCCCUCCCCUACCCUGGACAACGCUGGGCCAAUUGUGCGCCGCCCAUGAGUCUCCCGGUCGCGGCCGGUGGCGACAGAGCCUGGAUUCGAACCAGGAUCUCUAGUGGCACAGUUAGCACUGCGAUGCAGUGCCUUAGACCACUGCGCCACUCAGGAGUACACUUACCUUCUCCAUGAUUGCAGCCUCCCGAAAUAAACAUCUGCCGUUUCAAAAUAUAGAUACAAGCCUACUAGAAGUUCUCAUCUAACCAACCAUGUAUAGGUUAGUCGAAGUUUCCAUGUGGCCUUUGAAUAGUUUAAACAGCGCUACACCCCAAUUGUUUGCCCUCUGUUCUUUUGAUAUCAGCGUGAUAUCGACGUAAGUGAUUAACAAAGAAAGUGUUGCGUUACACUUACCAUGUUAGCAACCCACUUAAAUCAAUAUGCAACACUUCAAAAUGUAGCUAGCUGUCUUCUACAAAUUGUCCUGUAAUCAGUGGUGUACACAUUAUUCCCAGAUUCUGUGUGAUUUUUUUUAGCUGUGUUAGUUUUAACAGGAUGUGCAACCUCAUCUCCCCCUCUCGCGCAAUUGAAUUCAAUGUGACAAUCGAUGAGUGAUUUCUCCCAUAUCAAAAUGCAACAUUCCAAUAUGGAGCUGACUGUGUUAUGCAGGUUGUCCUUUAACCAGUGAUGUAAAAAUAUCUCCAGUUGCUACAGUGAGGGAAAAAAAGUAUUUCAUCCCCUGCUGAUUUUGUAUGUUUGCCCACUGACAAAGAAAUGAUCAGUCUAUAAUUUUAAUGGUAGGUUUAUUUGAACAGUGAGAGACAGAAUAACAACAAAAAAAUCCAGAAAAACGCAUGGAAAAAAUUUUAUGAAUUGAUUUGCAUUUUAAUGAGGGAAAUAAGUAUUUGACCCCCUCUCAAUCAGAAAGAUUUCUGUCUCCCAGGUGUAUUUUAUACAGGUAACGAGCUGAGAUUAGGAGCACACUCUUAAAGGGAGUGCUCCUAAUCUCAGUUUGUUACCUGUAUAAAAGACACCUGUCCACAGAAGCAAUCAAUCAAUCAGAUUCCAAACUCUCCACCAUGGCCAAGACCAAAGAGCUCUCCAAGGAUGUCAGGGACAAGAUUGUAGACCUACACAAGGCUGGAAUGGGCUACAAGACCAUCGCCAAGCAGCUUGGUUAGAAGGUGACAACAGUUGGUGCGAUUAUUGGCAAAUGGAAGAAACACAAAAUAACUGUCAAUCUCCCUCUCGUGGAGUUGCGAUGAUCAUGAAAACGGUGAGGAAUCAGCCCAGAACUACACGGGAGGAUCUUGUCAAUGAUCUCAAGGCACCUGGGACCAUAGUCACCAAGAAAACAAUUGGUAACACACUACGCCGUGAAGGACUGAAAUCCUGCAGCGCCCGCAAGGUCCCCCUGCUCAAGAAAGCAAAUAUACAUGCCCGUCUGAAGUUUGCCAAUGAACAUCUGAAUGAUUCAGAGGAGAACUGGGUGAAAGUGUUGUGGUCAGAUGAGACCAAAAUCGAGCUCUUUGGCAUCAACUCAACUCGCCGUGUUUGGAGGAGGAGGAAUGCUGCCUAUGACCCCAAGAACACCAUCCCCACCGUCAAACAUGGAGGUGGAAACAUUAUGCUUUGGGGGUGUUUUUCUGCUAAGGGGACAGGACAUCUUCACCGAAUCAAAGGGACGAUGGACGGGGCCAUGUACCGUCAAAUCUUGGGUGAGAACCUCCUUCCCUCAGCCAGGGCAUUGAAAAUGGGUCGUGGAUGGGUAUUCCAGCAUGACAAUGACCCAAAACACACGGCCAAGACAACAAAGGAGUGGCUCAAGAAGGAGGACAUUAAGGUCCUGGAGUGGCCUAGCCAAUCUCCAGACCUUAAUCCCAUAGAAAAUCUGUGGAGGGAGCUGAAGGUUCGAGUUGCCAAACGUCAUGCUCGAAACCUUAAUGACUUGGAGAAGAUCUGCAAAGAGGAGUGGGACAAAAUCCCUCCUGAGAUGUGUGCAAACCUGGUGGCCAACUACAAGAAACGUCUGACCUCUGUGAUUGCCAACAAGGGUUUUGCCACCAAGUACUAAGUCAUGUUUUGCAGAGGGGUCAAAUACUUAUUUCCCUCAUUAAAAUGCAAAUCAAUUUAUAACAUUAUUGACAUGCGUUUUUCUGGAUUUUGUUGUUGUUAUUCUGUCUCUCACUGUUCAAAUAAACCUACCAUUAAAAUUAUAGACUGAUCAUGUCUUUGUCAGUGGGCAAACAUACAAAAUCAGCAGGGGAUCAAAUACUUUUUUCCCUCACUGUAUGUGUUUUUUGAGUUGUGAUAGCUUCAACAGCACAUAACCCCCCCCCCCCCCCAUGAGUGAUUUUUUGCCACUUGUCCAAACAACAGUUUUUUUCUUUGCAUGUGCAGUUUAAGAUGCUCGUUUUUAAAGUAAUGUGAUUACUGUUGUUGCACAUGUACACUACCAGUCAAAAGUUUGGACACACCUACUCCUUUUUUCUUUAUUUUUACAGUUUUUUAUAUUGUAGAAUAAUAGUGAAGACAUCAAAAUUAUGAAAUAACACAUGUGGAAUCAUGUAGUAACCAAAAAAGUGUUAAACAAAUCAAAAUAUAUUUUAUAUUUGAGAUUCUUCAAAUAGCCACCCUUUGCUUUGAUGACAGCUUUGCACACUCUUGGCAUUCUCUCAACCAGCUUCAUGAGGUAGUCACCUGGGGGGGGGGGGGUUUAUAUUAUGGCAAGAACAGCUCAAAUAAGCAAAGAGAAACGGCAGUCCAUCAUUACUUUAAGACAUGAAGGUCAAUACGGAACAUUUCAAGAAAUGUGCAGUCGCAAAAAACAUUAAUCGCUAUGAUGAAACUGGCUCUCAUGAGGACCGCCACAGGAAUGGAAGACCCAGAGUUACCUCUGCUGCAGAGGACAAGUUCAUUAGAGUUAACUGCACCUCAGAAAUUGCAGCCCAAAUAAAUGCUUCACACAGUUCAAGUCACAGACACAUCUCAACAUCAACUGUUCAGAGGAGACUGUGUGAAUCAGGCCUUCAUGGUCGAAUUGCUGCAAAUAAACCACUACUAAAGGACACCAAUAAUAAGAAGAGACCUGCUUGGGCCAAGAAACACGAGCAAUGGACAUUAGACCGGUGGAAAUUUGUCCUUGGGUCUGGAGUCCAAAUUGGACAUUUUUGGUUCCAACUGCUGUGUCUUGGUGUGGGUGAACGGGUGAUCUCCGCAUGUGUAUUUCCUACCGUAAAGCAUGGAGGAGGAGGUGUUAUCGUGUGGGGGUGCUUUGCUGGUGACACGGUCGUGAUUUAUUUAGAAUUCAAGGCACAUUUAACCAGCAUGCCUACCACAGCAUUUUGCAGCGAUACGCCAUCCCAUCUGGUUUGGGCAUAGUGGGACUUUGUUUUUCAACAGGACAAUGACCCAACACACCUCCAGGCUGUGUAAGGGCUAUUUUACCAAGAAGGAGAGUGAUGGAGUGCCGCAUCAGAUGACCUGGCCUCCACAAUCCCCUGACCUCAACCCAAUUGAGAUGGUUUGGGAUGAGUCGGACGACAGAGUGAAGGAAAAGCAGCCAACAAGUGCUCAGUGUAUGUGGGAACUCCUUCAAGACUGUUGGAAAAGCAUUCCAGAUGAAGCUGGUUGAGAGAAUGCCAAGAGUGUGCAAAGCUGUCAUCAAGGCAAAGGGUGGAUAUUUGAAAAAUCUCAAAUAUAUUUUGAUUUGUUAAACACUUUUUUGGUUACUACAUGAUUCCAUAUGUGUUAUUUCAUAAAUUUGAUGUCUUAUUCUACAAUGUAGAACAUAGUAAAAAAUUAAGAAAAAUCCUUGAAUGAGUAGGUGUGUCCAAACUUUUGACUGGUACUGUAUGUGUAGAUAGUACAUUUUAUGUUUUGGUUUUCAAUAUCACAAACUGUUUUUGCAAAUUGGUUAUUGAUUUGGACACUUUAAAACUGUAACAUGGGGCUAUCUUUUAGUAUGUUUUGUCAACAGGAAGCAGCGACAGCAUUAUUUUAAACUUAAGUUUUAGGAAAUUAAAUGGCACAACAUUAAUUUCCAAUGGUAUUGUACUUAAUCAGGUAAAAGUUGCUGAAUGAGUCCAAAAACGUGCUGUGAUUGAUUUAUUUUGAUGACAUACCAGAAAUCACCAAAACGGGUUUGCCCUGCCUAGACAUACUCAAAUAUUUGUGUCUCAUGUUAUUGUAUUGCUGCCUGUUCCCCAAAGCUAUUAAGGAAGUAAAAUAUUCCAGGUUCAGUUGUUAACUGAACUGGAAGAACCAAGAGUCAUAGGCUACAUAUUCCUAACGAACUAAAUGUAAGUCAGUGCAGGUCCAUCUGACUUGGCACUGGCAGUUGUGUUGUGGUACCAAUGCCAUGUUUCCAGCUUCACUGAUCAUUUACGGACACAACAGGAAACAUUUGACUAGUGCCCUGUCCUUGGCACAUCCUAAUUUUUGUUUUUGAAUUAUAUUUCAGAUAGCAGUAACCAGGCGCUGCAGAACAUGCCCAGAGUGCUGCGGGACGUGGAGGCACUGAAGCAGGAGGCGUCGUUCCUGAAAGAGCAGAUGGUCUUGGUCAAGGAGGACAUUAGGAAGUUUGAGCAGGACACUGUACAGUCCAUGCAGGUAUAGAGGCUAUUUACAUUACAAAUACACAGACAGACCGGGUGAAAUGACUUGUAACUAAGCAAAGACCCAUAACACAGAUGCUGCACAUAAUACUCUACGACAGGGUUCUUCAAUUCCGGUCCUGGAGGGCCGAAACACUUCUGUUUUUUAUUUCUACCUGGUAGUUAAUUGCACUCACCUGGUGUCCCAGGUCUGAAUUAGCCCCUUAUUAGAAGGAGAGGAUGAAAAACAGAGGUGUUUCGGCCCUCCAGGACCGGAAUUGAAGAACCCUGCUCUACGAUCUAGCACCUGGACAGGAUAUCAUACUAUCCAAAUAGGAUAACAAGCUCACAAUGUGCAAAAUAUGUAUUGUAUGUUAUCUUGAUUCUGUGCUGCAGGUCUUGGUGGAGCUUGAUCAGGUCAAGUCUCGCAUGCACCUGGCUGCCGAUGCACUACAGGAAGCAGACAAAUGGAGCACGCUCAGUGCAGACAUCGAGGAGACCUUCAAGACACAGGUGACAUCAAACUACCUCUAAAACCUUUGCUCUCCUACCAUGUGAUAUAGAACACUGGCGAUUCACUCUGUGUACAGAUUUUAUACGUUUAGGAUUCAGAAUGAUUAUUUUAUUGGGCACAGGUACAUGUGAUGACCAUAUUAUUGUUGUUCAACAAAGAGCACUACACGUCCCGACUUCUUGGUGUUCUUUAAUAGUCUGAGAUAGUCACUUGUUAAGAUAUCCCAAAAUGGUAACUCCUCAGAAGGCAGAACUAGACAUUCAUGUCGGUGGUAUAGAGUCAGGGUAGAGAUCCCACAUUCAUGGGAAGCCAUAGGAUCUACUGAUUUCAAAUAAAAUACAAUUGUAUUUGUCAAAUGCGCCAAAUACAACAGGUGUAGACUUAACGCUGAAAUGCUUGCUUACGAGCCCUUCCCAACGAUGCAGAGUUAAAAAAUAAAAAUAGUAACUGAAGGAAUAAAAUACACAAGAAUGGAGCUAUAUGCAGGGAAUACCAGUACCAGAUCAAUGUGCAUGAGUAUGAGGUAUUUGAGGAAGAUAUGUACAUGAAGGCAGGGUAAAUUGACUAGGAAUCAGGAUAGAUAAUGAGAGUAAAAUAAAGAACAGAGUAGCAACAGCAGCAUAUGAUGAGUAUAAAAGUGUGUUUGUGUUGUGUCGGUAUGCAUGUGUGUUUGUUGUCGUGUGUGUGUGUACCUGCGUGCGUAUGUAGUGUAUGUGAAUGGGUCUGGGUUUUGUGUGAGAGUGUCAGUGUAGUGUGUAUAUACACUGAGUGUACAAAACAUUAAGGACACCUGCUCUUUCCAUGACGUACACUGACCAGGUGAAUCCAGGUAAAGGCUAUGAUCCCUUAUUGAUGUCACUUGUUAAAUCCACUUCAAUCAGUGUAGAUGAAGGGGAGGAGAUGGGUUAAAGAAGGAUUUUUAAGCCUUGAGACAGUUGAGACAUGGAUUGUGUAUGUGUGUCAUUCAGAUGGUGAAUGGCUAAGACAAAAUAUUUAAGUGCCUUUGAACGGGGUAUGGUAGUAGGUGCCAUGCGCACCGGUUUGUGUCAAGAACUGCAACGCUGCUAGGUUUUUCACAUUCAACAGUUUCCCGUGUGUAUCAAGAAUGGUCCACCACCCAAAGAACAUCCAGCCAACUUGACACAACUGUGGGAAACAUUGGCGUCAACAUGGGCCAGCAUCCCUAUGGAACGCUUUCCACACCUUGUAGAGUACAUGCCCUGACAAAUUGAGGCUGUUCUGAAGGGGGGGGGUUGGGGUGCGCAACACAAUAUUAGGAAGGUGUUCUUAAUGUUUUGUAGACUCAGUGUAUAGUCUUGUGUGUGUGCAUAGUCAUUUUGAUUCAACCAAACCUCCAUUUUGUUUUAACAUAUACUUCCGUUCAAAGGUUUGGGGUCACUUAGAAAUGUCCUUGUUUUUGAAAGAAAAGCAAUUUUUUUUGUCCAUUUAAAAGAACAUAAAAUUGAUCAGAAAUACAGUGUAGACAUUGUUAAUGUUGUAAAUGGCUAUUGUAGCUGGAAACGGCAGAUUUUUUAUGGAAUAUCUACAUAGGCGUACAGAGGCCCAUUAUCAGCAACCAUCAGUCCUGUGUUCCAAUGGCACAUUGUGUUUGCUAAUCCAAGUUUAUCAUUUUAAAAGGCUAAUUGAUCAUUAGAAAACCUUUUUGCAAUUAUGUUAGCACAGCUGAAAACGAUUGUGCUGAUUUAAAGAAGCAAUAAAACUGGCCUUCUUGAGACUAGUUGAGUAUCUGGAGCAUCAGCAAUUGUGGGUUCGAUUACAGGCUCAAAAUAACUUUCUUCUGAAACUCGUCAGUCUAUUCUUCUUCUGAGAAAUGAAGGCUAUUCCAUGCGAGAAAUUGCCAAGAAACUGAAGAUCUCGUACAACGCUGUGUACUACUCCCUUCACAGAACAGCGCAAACUGGCUCUAACCAGAAUAGAAAGAGGAGUUUGAGAAACAGGCGCCUCACAAAGAGAAAGCCAUAUCUCAGACUGCCCAUCUUAAUAUUUAAUUUUUAUUGGCCAGUCUGAGAUAUGGCUUUUUCAUUGCAACUCUGCCUAGAAGGUCAGCAUCCCGGAGUCGCCUCUUCACUGUUGACGUUGAGACUGGUGUUUUGCGGGUACUAUUUAAUGAAGCUGCCAGUUGAGGACCUGUGAGGCGUCUGUUUCUCAAACUAGACACUAAUGUAUUUGUCCUCUUGCUCAGUUGUGCACCGGGGCCUCCCACUCCUCUUUCUAUUCUGGUUAGAGCCAGUUUGCGCUGUUCUUUGAAGGGAGUAGUACACAGCGUUGUACGAGAUCUUCAUUUCUUGGCAAUUUCUCGCAUGGAAUAGCCUUCAUUUCUCAGAAGAAGAAUAGACUGACGAGUUUCAGAAGAAAGUUAUUUGUUUCUGGCCAUUUUGAGCCUGUAAUCGAACCCACAAUUGUUGAUGCUCCAGAUACUCAACUAGUCUCAAGAAGGCCAGUUGUAUUGCUCCUUUAAUCAGCACAACAGUUUUCAGCUGUGCUAACAUAAUUGCAAAAAGGUUUUCUACUGAUCAAUUAGCCUUUUAAAAUGAUAAGCUUGGAUUAGCAAACACAACGUGCCAUUGGAACGCAGGACUGAUGGUUGGUGAUAAUGGGCCUCUGUACGCCUAUGUAGAUAUUCCAUUAAAAAUCUGCCGUUUCCAGCUACAACAUUUACAACAUUAACAAUGUCUACACUGUAUUUCUGAUCAAUUUGAUGUGAUUUUAAUGGACAGAAAAAUAGAUUUUCUUUCGAAAACAAGUACAUUUCUAAGUGACCGCAAACUUUUGAACGGUAGUUUAAACCUCCAGCGCUCCCUCGUUCCCCAGGAUUUGACAGUGAUCUCCUCUAAGCUCACCGCCAUGCAGAACAGCCUAGCCAUGCUUGUGGAUACGCCAGACUACUCUGAGAAAUGUGUCUACCUGGAGGCUCUGAAGAACAGGCUGGAGGCCCUGGCCAGCCCCCAGAUAGUAGCCACCUUCAACUCCAUGUCUGUAGGUAAGAUACUGUUUGUAAAGGAUGCGAUUGAGAGUUUGAAUAUUGAAUCCACAUUAGUUUAGACAUCUGAUUCAGACCAUGCCAAGGUCUAUGGUGGUUUUCCUAUACAUUGGUCUCCUAAGUAAUUGCUGACUAAACUGUUGACUGAAUACUGUUGAAAUUAAGUUUUUGCCUCAUAACCUGAAUCAAGUAUUUAAAUGAUUUAUAAAGUAAUUUCACCUCUUCAUGCUUUUCUUCCCUGUAGACCAAGCCAAGCUGUUUGUGAAAGUCUUCACAGAGAUAGACAGAAUGCCACAGCUCCUUGCCUACUACUACAAGUGUCAUAAGGUAUGUAUUGCAUUCAUCACUGAUUCAUUGAAUCAGUCCCUCCAGGGUUUCACAAUCUUUUUUUUGGUGAUGUCUGCGGCCAAAAAUGCUUGCUUUUGCGGCAGCUUUACAGAUUGUUGUUUUGAUCAUGUUCAGUUCAUGUAAAGCAGUAAAAAGUCAUGUGCUCAGUUCUAGUACGAUUUUAAGCAGAAUAGCCUCCGUCUCUAUGCUGCCUGCAGCAUGAUCAGUUUUCUUGCGUGAACAUAUGAUAGACAGUUGUUGGUCUGAGCACGUCUCUGGAGCCGCUGUGCUGAGCCGGAGGAGCGUGUAUCAAUCAAUCCUUCAUUGCGAUUCAUUGCUGCCAGCAGUUCAAACAAACCUAAUAAUGAUUCUGGAGUCAGUAAAACGAGUCAUUCAAAAAUAAUGAAUAAUAAUCGCAAGCUGCACAUCACUAUCACAGAUUUCCUUGCUUUCCCUUCAGUCAUGGUGAUCUGCCGCUGCUGUGGUGGCUGUUCGGACAUCGUUUUCACAUGCUUUGCAUGACUUUCUCGUGUUCCAACACAACGUUGCGUGGAGUGCAAAACAAUUUGCCCCCACUUUAGCUGUGACUUUUGUUGGUAAAUGAAAUGGAUUCCUGUUCAUUGUUCUGCCCGUCAGUCGUAAUCUGUCAGUCAUCAACCCUCUUUUGAUUUGACCUUUUAUGCAGUAAAGGUGCGGUGAUUGGUCAAAAUUGUAAGCUCUUGCAUAUUAUGCAUGAAUUGGUUGAUUUUGCAUGAAUUAUGCGAUUGCAGAAUCGCGGAAUCCUGGAGGGACUGUUCAAUGUAAUUGCUAGGAUCUUACAGGGUUUAUCUGUAGGACUGUGUGUUUGUUUUCAGGGUCAGCUGGUGAGUGUGUGGCAGGACCUGUCUCAAAGUGAGCUCAGUCUGAACCAGCAGCUGGCUGAACUCUACGACACCCUGCUCUCCACCUGGCACUCACAGCUACAGUGGAGCAGCCAGGUACACUAAGAGACACGCUGUCUCAUACCGUAACACACACAACUAGGCAUCUUCCACACACUUCAUCUCACUGUAAAACACACAGCUAAGUAUCCUCACACACACUCUGUAUUGUCCAGCAACACACACCCUAGGUAUCUUCACACAUUCAUACCAUAAAUUACACACGAUUUUCAUAGCAUAACUUACGCUGGUAGACUGUACAACAACACACAAACAUGUCCGCAGAGCUUCAAGGGAACACGAUCUUCCAUGUAUAUUUUGCAAUCUACAGCCUAACCCCAUGUCCCCAACUGACUGUAUCAUCUACCCUCCCCACCAGGUGUUUAAGAACCCGUACGAGGUGGUGACGGUGCUGCUGAUCCAGACCCUGGGGGCCAUGGUGCCCUCCAUCCCUGUGUGUCUGAGCACGGCCAUGGAGCGCACCCCCCAGGAGCAGCGGAUGGACACCCUGCUGGAGCUCCACCACACCGCUGCCACCUUCGGCAGGAGCCUGGAGCAAGCCAUGCUGCCACACCUGGGUCUGUUCACCUGCUACUACACCUAUGUAUUUGUAGGCCUAUCAUUUGUAUUUAACAGGGACAUGCAUAUUAAUCAACGAUCAGUUAAUACUGAGGUGCGAAAUAGUGCUGGAUUUAGCUAGACAGCUUAUUUUCAUCCUUGAUCAGUAGUUAAUCAACAGUGAGAGUGAUGAUAUAUAUUUUAAGAUUGUAUUGAUAUCAGACCUGGGUUAAAAACAUGUAAAAUACAUGAAAUUAUUUAAGGUGCCCUUGAUAUGGCUUGACGUUUGCACUUUUGGGACUAUUCCAUAGGGAACAUAAUUAUAGUACGGAAUCUAAAUUAAAUGCAGCUCAAGUAUUUGAAAGACCUGCUCGUUACAUAUUUAUUGUGACUAAUGAAUUGUAAUGAUAUAUAAGGAUGAAUCCUAACUUUAGCACCACCCAUGUAAUUCAAACUUUUCCUUAGGAUUGACGUUAAUUAGUGAUUUGGGGGGAAAGUUCAGUGCUCAGACCUCAAGGUACUGUAGACAUACAUUGUGAUUGUACCUCUCAGGUGAGAACAACUUGCUGAAGGUGAAUGAGCUGGUCAGUUCCCUGUACGACCCCUACAAACCCUACCAGCUGCAGUAUGGAGACCUGGAGAAGUCCCACCUCCUCAUCCAGAUCAGCGCCAUGCCCCUGGUGAGACAGACACACACACGUACAGUCAGGUCCCAAAAAAAAGAAGGAAAAAAAAAGAUUUUGUUCAACAAGUAAUACUUUACCCCCCCCCCCCCCGGUCAAAGAUAGGGACCAAAUUAUUGGCCCCCCUGUUUUCAAUACCUUUCAAUACCUCACCUUGCGAGUGUAACAGCACCGAGCAUUUUUGUUAAAUGUUUUAUGAGAUUGGAGAUCACAUUGGGAGGGAUCUUAGACCAUUCCUCUAUACAGAAUCUUUCCAGGUCCGUGAUAUCCUUUUGUCUGCGCAUAUGACUGCCCUCGUCAAUUCAACCACAGGUUUUUUAAUGGGGUUCAAGUCCGGAGAUUGAGAUGGUCAUUGCAAAAUGUUGAUUUUGUGGUUAAUUAAAAAUUUCUUUGAGGAUUUUGUGCUUGGGGUUAUUGUCUUGUGGCCAAGUUUCAGCCUCCUGGCAGAGGCAACCAGGUUUUUAGCUGAAAUGUCCUGGUACUGGGUCAUGAUGCUGUUGACCUUAGUAAGGGCCCCAGGUCCAGUGAAUGCAAAAUAGCCCCAUAACAUCAGAUCCACCACCAUAUUUUACAGUAGGUAUGAGUUUUUUCUUUUCUGCAUAUGAUUUCUAUUUUCGGCGCCAAACCCAUCACUGGUGUGCGUGGCCAAAGAGCUCUCAGUGGAUUACUCUCCAUAUAGCAUCGCACUUGCAAAAAAAAACUUUAAAAAAACAGUGGAACAGACUGGCUAGUGAAACGCACACUCGGCCCUCUGAUUGGACUAGCAAACUGUCAAUCAGCACAGGUCGGGUGAGCUAGCGAACAGGGAGAGUUGGUUUCUAUGAAUAAAUAUGCAGCUCCCAAAAAAAUGGUGAUCAAGAAUAUUAACUGUUUUACUUUGCAAGCUCACGAGCAUUGGGGCAUCAAGCAACAAUUGCUAGCAUAGGCCUACUGGUCUUUAUGUCAAAAUUGCUUGAAAUUAAUAAUUUACUUAUGAAGCUUGCAUUUAGAAUUUGUUGUUAAAAUUAAUUAUUACACAAUCAAAAUGUGUUGUAGACAAAAUAAUGAAAACGUCUGUCUGGUAGCCUCAAUAAAUAGACAGGUUUGUAGUUGAUUUUUUUUUACUUGACUUGAGACUUGACUUGAAAAACUUGUAAUGACUUGCUCAUAGAAUGCACGACUUGGACUUGACUCGACCCAUUCUACUUGGGACUCGACUUAAGACUCGAACCUUGUGACUUGAGACUUGCUUGUGACUCAAAUAGUAGUGACUUGGUCCCACCUCAGUUUUAUGCACUCUUUAUCAAGGGUGCCAAUAAUUUGGGACCUGACUGUACAUACGGAUAUAGGGUUGGGCGGUACACCGGAUAUACCGUAUGCUGGGGUAUUUUGAAAUACCCACGGGAUGAUUUUCAAUACCGUUGAAACUUUUCCUUAAGUUUUAAUUUUUUUAAUUUAGACUUUUUAAGUAAAUACCGUCAACUUGUGCAUUAGGUUACAAGAUAAAGCAGAUUGCAUUCUUCAUUUCACCUGUUGCAUAAUUUUUCAGCUUGCUGGUAAUUUCCCAAAACAGCUGAGCCAUUCACAUGUUGUUUUGUUUACAACAAGUGCACAAUGAGAAUUACUGUGCAGCAUGCAGGAGGUGAUCAAGUUAGUCAAACAAACAAGCUAACGUACCUUUCUUGCAGUUUCUCACGCAGGAGCACUCUGAGGUGAUUCCAGUUAAUUGUGUUUCGCGCUGCAGAGCUUCUGUAUUGCGCAUUGGUCACUCGCGCUCUUGUCCUUGGCGUGCCGUUUCUCGCGCAGGUGCAUUCCUGAGGUGAUUCAAGUGAAUUGUGUUUCGCGCCGCAGAGCGUCUGUAUCGAGCACUGGUCACUCACGCACUGGUCACUGGCGCGCUGUGUUUCUUGAGUUGCAGGCUGCCUGCCACAGCUCACAGAGAUAAAUAACCAUCAGAACUGUGUUGAACCCGGACAGAUCUAUUUACCAAGAAAAGUGAAUGUGCUUUACAGAACUUUAUUGAAACUAUGUUUGGUAGAAAUAGGAUGUUUCUUUUGGUGUGGUGGCAAUGAUUCUGCCGUGGCGCAGCGCCACACUUAAAUGAACGCAGAGGAAACACUCUUACACACUACUAAAUGUUUACCAGCUAGAUACAGUAUCUUUAUAUUAUUAAGUUAACCGUCUAAAUGUGCUUAAUACUCUCCAGUUGUGUAUUCUUUGCUAACUUGCUAGUUAUCUUAGUAUCAAGCAUCCCCUUCUGGAUCAAGAUCCCUGUGCCCAGAUUCACAAAACCUUCUUGUCACGCCCUGGCUCUGGGGACUCUAGUAUGUUGAGCCAGGGUGUGAGUUUUCAUGUGUUUUCCAUUCUAGUUUAAGUAUUUAUAUGUUGGCUAGAGUGGUUCUCAAUCAGAGGCAACGAGUGUCAGCUGUUGCUGGUUGUCUCUGAUUGGGAACCACAUUUAGACAGGCUGUUUUCCCACAGUGGUUGUGGGAUCUUGUUCCAAGUAGGUUGUGUUUGAUCCAAGGACGUCACGUUAUCGUUUUGUUGUUUUUGUUCGUGUGAUCUUUAUAUAAUAAAUAUGUUCGCAAAUAAUGCUGCGCAUUGGUCCUCUGUUCCCGACGAUCGUGACACUUCUUAAGAAGAAAUGUCUUCUUAACUGCCAUUUUUUCCCUCAACAACAGACUUAUGAAGAAAGUUAAGCAAGUUGCUAUUCCUCAAUAACGUUAUUGGAAAUGUUCUUAAUUUUUUUCCUAUGAUUCUUCCUAAGAAAAAAGUUAAGAAGAAAUGGGAUUCUUUAAAAUAAUGUUUUAGGAUUUCUACUUGGAAAUGUACUUAACUUUAGGACAGCUAAACCCUUGUCGCCACUGCCACAGACACUGUUGGCUACCGGACAUUUAAUUACAGCAAGAAAACGAAUUAAACACACAUCUAGCUAGCUAGUAAUUAACAAUAUAUUACAAUAUUCUAUUAGUGUAAAUAGCUAGCGUUAGCUAAUGUCGUUACUAGUAGCUAGCUAACUUAACGGUCACGCAGUCCCUCUACCACCGUCUCUCCAAUCAUGGACAACACCUUCUCCCCGAUGGCAGAGAACGACUCGGCCACUCUCACCCAUCCUCUCUUUUUGGUCUCUGUAGUGACCCCGCAGUUAUCAGGUCCCCCCAACAGCAUCCUUUUUCCUGGCUGGUAUACCUUCCAUCAUCACUUAAAGCUCGUUUUGAAGUUUUUAUUGCGCUUUCCUUGGUUAUCCAUUUUUGAUUUUGGUAUUGCUAGUCUGAUGGCUAUAAUGUGUGGAAAAUAACGUUUGUUUUUGUGUAUAAAGGGUUUGCGAGCCAACUAAAAAAAUAAACAUUCUCGAGACAUAAAGCAGAUAAAUAAAUGUAAUGAAAUAGAAAUAUCAACACUUUAUUAUAGUGGGCCAAAUCCUACCAUCCCUGUGUCACGAACGUUGAGAGACGGGUCGGACCAAGGUGCAGCGUGAAAAGCGUACAUGUUUAUUACCUCAAUAAACAUACAACAAAACAAGAGACAACGUAACGUGAAGUCCAAAGGGCUAUACACAUACAAGCCUAACAGGAACAAGAUCCCACAAUACACAGUAGGCAAUAGGAUACCUAAGUAUGAUCCCCAAUCAGAGACAAUGAUCGACAGCUGCCUCUGAUCGGGAAUCAUACCCGGCCGAACAUAGAAAUAGACUAACUAGAACCUAAACAUAGAAUAUAUAACAUAGAUUUCCACAACCUGACUCAACAAACAACCUGACCCCAAAGGUGUGGACUCCGGCCGCACAAACCUGACAUAACAGGGGAGGGUCCGGGUGGGCUUCCCGCUUCGGUGGCGGCUCUGGCUCCGGGGGUGACGUCUUCUCCCUUGCUGCCUAGCUUCCCCUCUCAGUCCUCCCACAAUGCACCGAUCCCUGUCUGGACCCUGGUGUGGGAGACCCCGAACCUGGAGAGGGGCUGACGUCUGGACCCGGAGUAGAGCCGCUGACCGGAGCUGGACUGGAUCCCGGUGGAGCGGACUGUUCUGACUCCGGAGUGGAGCAGCUGACCGGUGCUGGACCAGGCACCGGUGGAACGGGCUGGGCCGGACUGGGGACACGCACCACUGGUCUGGUGCGAGGAGCAGGAACGGGCCGGGCCGGACUGGGGACACGAACCACAGGUCUGGUGCGAGGAGCUGGAACGGGCCGGGCCGGACUGGGGACACGCACCACAGGCCUGCUCUGGCUCCGGAGUGGAGCAACCGACCGGAGCUGGAUCAGGCACCGGUGGAGCGGAUUGCUUUGGCUCCGGAGUGGAGCCGCUGACCGGAGCUGGACUGGACACCGGUGGAGCGGACUGCUCUGACUACGGAUUAGAGCCGCUGACCGGAGCUGGACUAGGCACCGGUGGAGCGGACUGCUCUGACUCCGGAGUGGAGCAGCUGACCGGUGCUGGACUGGACACCGGUAUAGCAGACUGCUCUGACUCCGGAUUAGAGCCGCUGACCGAAGCUGGACUAGGCACCGGUGGAGCGGACUGCUCUGACUCCGGAGUGGAGCAGCUGACCGGUGCUGGACUGGACACCGGUAUAGCAGACUGCUCUGACUCCGGAUUAGAGCUGCUGACCGAAGCUGGACUAGGCACCGGUGGAGCGGACUGCUCUGGCUCCGGAGUGGAGCAGCUGACCGGAGCUGGAUCAGGCACCGGUGGAGCGGAUUGCUCUGGCCCUGGAGUGGAGCCGCUGACCGGAGCUGGACUGAACACCGGUAUAGAUACUCUUGUACCGGUUUCCUCCAGCAUCUUCACAAGGUCCUUUGCUGUUGUUCUGGGAUUGAUUUGCACUUUUCACACCAAAGUACGUUCAUCUCUAGGAGACAGAAUGCGUCUCCUUCCUAAGCGGUAUGACUGCUGCGUGGUCCCAUGGUGUUUAUACUUGCAUACUAUUGUUUGUAAAGAUGAACGUGGUACCUUCAGGCGUUUUGGAAAUUGCUCCCAAGGAUGAACCAGACUUGUGGAGGUCGACACAUUUUUUCCCCGAGGUCUUUUCUUUUGAUUUUCCCAUGAUGUCAAGCAAAGAGGCACUGAGUUUGAAGGUAGGCCUUGAAAUACAUCCACAGGUACACCUCCAAUUGACUCAAAUGAUGUCAAUUAGCCUAUCAGAAGCUUCUAAAGCCAUGACAUCAUUUUCUGGCAUUUUCAGAGCAGUUUAAAGGCAGAGUCAACUUAGUGCAUGUAAACUUCUGACCCACUGGAAUUGUGAUACAGUGAAUUAUAAGUGAAAUAAUCUUUCUGUAAACAAUUGUUGGAAAAAUUACUUGUGUCAUGCACAAAGUAGAUGUCCUAACCGACUUGCCAAAACUAUAGUUUGUUAACAAGACAUUUGUGGAGUGGUUGAAAACAAGUUUUAAUGACUCCAACCUAAGUGUAUGUAAACUUCCGACUUCAACUGUAGGUCCUGGAUGGCAGGAAGCUUGGCGCCAGUGAUAUACUGGGCCGUACGCACUACCUUCUGUAGCGCCUUGCGGUUGGAUGCCGAGCAGUUGCCAUACCAGACGGUGAUGCAUGUACUUGUUAGCAUUCUGAUAACAGACGUUCAUUAGGCUUUUUUGUGUCCAGUGCUGGUAAUACCGUAUACCGUGGUAUGGCACAAGGAUGGUAUGAAGGUAUGAAAAUCUGGAUAUCACCAAACCCUAUACGGACACACACAACCCAACCCUGAUACAAUGGUAAUUUCAUAUUUUAGUGUCAUACCUGGGAAGGAGAGUGGAAUGGUGGAAAGGAACUUGACUGUGUACCUCUUUCCUUCUCUUUUCAUUACACCUUCUCUCCUCCCUCUCCCUCUACCUCUUUCUCCUUAUCACCCUCCCUCUAUCAGGAGCGUGGGGAGGUGAUAGACUGUGUGGAGGAGCUGAGUCACUCAGUGGGGAAGCUGUUUGGCCUGGCCAGUGUUGCUGUGGACCGCUGUGUCAAAUUGACCGACGGCCUGGCCGUGUGUGGCCUCCUCAAGGCCCUCAAAGCCCUCUUCACCAAGUAUGUAUACACUACAACGUAGUUGCACACACUUAAUUACACUGCACAGUACACAGCUACAAAGGACAAACACUUACAGUGGGGUCCGAGUUAUUGACACACUUGAUAAAGAUGAGCAAUAAUGACUGUAUAACCAAAAUAAUGUAAAUACUGAGCUAUAUUGUAUGCUUAAAAAAAUUGGGAAAUUAUUUUAUACUAAUACAAUUGCUCUGAGAAAGAGAUUUUGUUUUACCCUUUACACUCAUACCCAUGGGUUGAAAAUGGCAGAUUUGGGCACUGAUAAACGUCUAAAUUGGAACGCAGUGACUAUACAUGACGUCAGACAUACUCUGUGCUUCACAGCGCUGUAUGGGCUGUCUGAAUUGCCUUGUCAAAGACGGAAAGAUUGUAUUUUAUAACUUAGCUAGUUAUGUUGGCAAUAGAACAAGCUUUCAAAUCAUGCCCACCUGACCCAGAUUGUGAUUUAUAAUGGACCGUUUUUGGAUUGCGUAAACAACAAUAGUAAUUGUGUGAUGGUGAGGAUGCAGGGUUGUGUUCCAAACAAAAUAACUACAAGUGUGCUUGCUCUAGUUCCUCAACGGCACAGCUUGGAGAGUUCAAAAAAGCACCGUAUAGUUGAAGACUCUUCUUUGAGUCAUAAAAAUGUAUUGAAAUUACUUAGGAAAUGUGCACACUUUGGAGAGGUGUUUAGCCACUUGGAGACACCAGUUAGUCCUCUCACUCAAACCCUUGUAAUUUUGUUGUUUUAUGUUGCACCUACAACACAUUUUCCAGUAGGGCCGGGACGAUACCAGUAUCGCAAAAAAAAAAAAAUCAUGACAAAAAUGAAAACACAAAUCAGGCUAAACUCUUUGCUCCUUUAAAAACCUGCUGUAUGUAAAAUAUUGUGUGCUAGAGCUUCAAAAAUAAAUACAUGUGACUCAGGAUGACAACAUAAUGAUGUUUGUUUCCAACAGUAGGACUGUUUUCCUAAAGAAGUUAAAUCUGAUUCAUGUUUUGUUUCCUUGCCACGAUACUAACGAGUAUCGUGAUACUGGUAUCGUCCCAGCCCUAUUUUCCAGGAAUGUUCUUAUGUUACUGAAUGUAUCCAGAGUAUUUUCAGAUUUUGUUAUCAACAAAUGUUGCGAAAAAUACAGUAAAUGUAAAAUGCACAUAAAAUCAACAGUGUGAUGUUUGGAUUCAGUCAUGUGUCAGGUGAACUGUUAUUGGUCACAUGCGCCGAAUACAACAGGUGUAGACUUAACAGUGAAAUGCUUACUUAUGAGCCCAUUCCCAUUAACUAACGAGGCUAUAAACAAGGAGUACCAGUACCGAGUCAAUGUGCAGAGGAUCGAGGUAAUACAGUAUGUACAUGUGGGUAGAGGUAAAAGUGACUAGGCAAUCAGGAUAUAUAAUAAACAGAGUAGCAGUAGUGUAUGUAAAGUGUGUGUGUGUGGCGUCAAUAUGCGUGUGUGUGUGUGUGUGUGUGUGUUGGAGUGUCAAUGUAGUAUGUGUGGAUAGAGUCUAGUGAGUGUGCAUAGAGCCAGUGCAAGGGAGUCUGUGCAAAACAAUUAAAACCAAGAAAUAUAUAAUAAAGGGGGUCAAUGUAAAUUGUCCGGGUGGCUAUUUGAUUAACUGUUCAGCAGGCUUGGGGGUAGAAGCUGUUCAGGUGCCUUUGGGUACCAGACUUGGCGCUCUGGUACCGCUUGCAGUGUGGUAGCAGAGAGAAUGAUCUAUGACUUGGGUGGCAGGAGUCUUUGACAAUUCUUAGGGCCUUCCUCUGGCAACGCCUGGUAUAGAGGUCCUGGAUGGCAGUGAGUUCGGCUCCAGUGAUGUACUGGGCCGUACGUACUUCCCUCUGUAGCCCCUUGCGGUUGGAUGCCGAGCAGUUGCCAUACCAAGCAGUGAUGCACCCAGUCAAGAUGCUUUCAAUGGUGCAGCUGUAAAACUUUUUGAGGAUCUGAGGGCCCAUGCCAAAUCUUUUCAGCCACCUGAGGGUGAAGAGGCGUUGUCGUGCCCUCUUCACGACUGUGUUGGUGUUUUUGGACCAUGAUAGGUCCUUAGUCAAAAGUUUUGAGAAUGACACAAGUAUUGGUCUUCACAAAGUUCGCUGCUUCAGUGUUAUGAGAUAUUUGUGUCAGAUGUUACUAUGGUAUACUGAAGUAUAAUUACAAGCAUUCCAUAAGUGUCAAAGGCUUUUAUUGACAAUUACAUUACGUUUAUGCAAAGAGUCAAUAUUUGCAGUGUUGACCCUUCUUUUUCAAGACCUCUACAAUCCUCCCUGGCAUGCUGUCAAUUAACUUCUGGGCCAUAUCCUGACUGAUGGCAGCCCAUUCUUGCAUAAUCAAUGCUUGGAGUUUGUCAGAAUUUGUGGGUUUUCGUUUGUCCACCCGCCUCUUGAGGAUCGACCACAAGUUCUCAAUGGGAUUAAGGUCUGGGGAGUUUCCUGGCCAUGGACCCAAAAUGUCGAUGUUUUGUUCCCCGAGUCACUUAGUUAUCACUUUUGCCUUAUGGCAAGGUGCUCCAUCAUGCUGGAAAAGGCAUUGGUCAUCACCAAACUGUUAUUGGAUGGUUGGGAGAAGUUGCUCUCGGAGGAUGUGUUGGUACCAUUCUUUAUUCAUGGCUGUGUUCUUAGGCAAAAUUGUGAGUGAGCCCACUCCCUUGGCUGAGAAGCAACCCCACACAUGAAUGGCCUCAGGAUGCUUUACUGUUGGCAUGACACAGGACUGAUAGUAGCGCUCACCUUGUCUUCUCCGGACAAGGUGUUUUCCGAAUGCCCCAAACAAUCGGAAAGGGGAUUCAUCAGAGAAAAUGACUACCCCAGUCCUCAGCAGUCCAAUCCCUGUACCCUUUGCAGAAUAUCAGUCUGUCCCUGAUGUUUUUCCUGGAGAGAAGUGGCUUCUUUGCUGCCCUUCUUGACACCAGGCCAUCCUCCAAAAGUCUUCGCCUCACUGUGCAUGCAGAUGCACUCACACCUGCCUGCUGCCAUUCCUGAGCAAGCUCUGCACUGGUGGUGCCCCGAUCCCGCAGCUGAAUCAACUUUAGGAGACGGUCCUGGCGCUUGCUGGACUUUCUUGGGCGCCCAGACGUCUUCUUCACAACAAUUGAACCUCUCUCCUUGAAGUUCUUGAUGAUCCAAUAAAUGGUUGAUUUAGGUGCAAUAUUACUAGCAGCAAUAUCCUUGCCUGUGAAGCCCUUUUUGUGCAAAGCAAUGAUGACGGCACGUGUUUCCUAGCAGGUAACCAUGGUUAACAGAGGUAGAAGAAUAAUGAUUUCAAGCACCACCCUCCUUUUAAAGCUUCCAGUCUGUUAUACUAACUCAAUCAGCAUGACAGAGUGAUCUCCAGCCUUGUCCUCAUCAACACUCUCACCUGUGUUAAUGAGAGAAUCACUGACAUGAUGGCAGCUGGUCCUUUUGUGGCAAGGCUGAAAUGCAAUGGAAAUGUUUUUUUGCAAUUCAUCAGAUCACUCUUCAUGACAUUCUGGAGUAUAUGCAAAUUGCCAUCAUCAGAACUGAGGCAGCAGACUGUGAAAAUUAGUAGUUGUGUCAUUCUCAAAACUUUUGACCAUAACUGUAGACACCAAUGAACUUGAAGCUCUCGACCCGCUCCACUACAGCUCCGUUGAUGUGAAUGGGGGCGUGUUUGGCCCUACUUUUCCUGUUGUCCACAGUAAGCUUGUUUGUCUUGUCCAAGGUGGGGGCGAGGUUGUUGUCCUGGCAUUACACUGCCAGGUCUCUGACCUGCUCCCUAUAAGCUGUCUCAUCGUCGUCGGUGAUCAGACCUACCACUGCCGUGUCGUCGGCAAAUUGAAUGAUGGUGUUGGAGUCGUGGGUGAACAGGGAGUACAGGAGGGGACUAAGCACGCACCCCUGAGAGGCCCCUGUGUUGAGGGUCAGUGUGGCAGAUGUGUUGUUGCCUACACUCACCACCUGGGGGCGGCCCGUCAGAAAGUCCAGGAUCCAGUUGCAGAGGGAGGUGUUCAGUCCCAGGGUCCUUAGCUUAGUGAUGAGCUUGGAGGGCACUAUGGUGCUGAGCUGUAGUCAAUUAAGAUAAUUAUCACGUAGGUGUUCCUUUUGUCCAGGUGGGAAAGGGCAGUAUGGAGCGCAAUAGAGAUUGUGUCAUCUGUGGAUCUGUUGGGGUGGUAUGCGAAUUGGAGUGUAUCCAGGGUUUCUGCAUUGAUGGUGUUGAUGUGAGCCAUGACCAGCCUUUCAAAGCAUUUCAUGGCUACAGAUGUGAGUGCUGCGGGGUGGUAGUCAUUUAUACAGGUUACCUUGAAGUUGUUAGGCACAGGGACUAUGGUGGUUUGCUUGAAACAUGUAGGUAUUACAGACUGGGUCAGAGAGAGGUUGAAAAUGUCAGUGAAUACACUUGCCAGCUGGGCAGUGCAUGCUCUGAGGUCCUGGUAAUCCAUCUGGCUCUGCGGCCUUAUGAAUGUUAACCUGUUUAAAGGUCUUACUCACAUCGGUUACGGAGAGCGUAAUCAUACAGUUAUCCAGAACAGCUGGUGCUCUCACGCAUGGUUCAGUGUUGCUUGCCUUGAAGCGAGCUUAGAAGUCAUUUAGUUAGUGUGCUCACGUCACUGGGCAGCUCUCGGCUGGGUUUCCGUUUGUAUUCCGUGAUAGUUUGCAAGCCUUGCCACAUCUGACGAGCGUCAGAGCCGGCGUAGUAGGAUUCGAUCUUAGUCCUCUAUUGAAGUUUUGCUGGAUUUUUUAUUAGCGUCCGGAUUAGUUUCCCGCUCAUUGAAAGCGGCAGCUCUAGCCUUUAGCUCAGUGCGGAUGUUGCCUGUAAUCCAUGGCUUCUGAUUGGGAUAUAUACGUACGGUCACUGUGGGGACGACGUCAUUGAUGCACUUAUUAACGAAGCCAAUGACUGAUACAGCCCCUACUCUUCUGGGAAGGCUUUCCACUAGAUGUAGGAACAUUGCUGCGAGGAGUUGCUUCCAUUCAGCCACAAGAGCAUUAGUGAGGUUGGGCACUGAUGUUGGGCAAUUCGGCCUGGCUCGCAGUCGGCGUUCCAAUUCAUCCAAGUGUUCACUGGGGUUGAGGUCAGGUCUCUGUGCAGGCCAGUCAAGUUCUUCCACACCGAUCUCAGCAAACCAUUUCUGUAUGGACCUCGCUUUUUGCACGGCGGCAUUGUCAUGCUGUAACAGAAAAGGUCCUUCCCCAAACUGUUGCCACAAAGUUGGAAGCACAGAAUUGUCUAGAAUGUCAUUGUACGCUGUAGCGUUAAGAUUUCCCUUCAUUGGAACUAAGGGGCCUAGCGCGACCCAUGAAAAACAACCCCAGACCAUUAUUCCUCUUCACCUUACAGUUGGCACUAUGCAUUCGGGCAGGUAGCGUUCUCCUGGCAUCCACCAAAUCCAGAUUUGUCCGUUGGACUGCCAGAUGUCCAAUUAGUCUGUUGGACUUCCAGAGUCCAAUGGCGGCGAGCUUUACACCAUUCUAGCUGACACUUCCGGCCAUGGAAAGCCAUUUCAUGAAGCUACCGACGAACAGUUAUUGUGCUGACAUUGCUUUCAGAGGCAGUUUGGGACUCAGUAGUGAGUGUUGCAACCGAGGACAGACACAUUUUAUGCGCUACGCGCUUCAGCACUCGGCGGUCCCGUUCUGUGAGCUUGUGGGGCCUACCACUUCGCGGCUGAGCCGUUGUUGCUCCUAGACGUUUCCACAUCUCAAUAACAGCACUUACAGUUGACCAGGGCAGCUCUAGCAGGGCAGAAAUUGGAAAGGUGGCAUCCUACGGCGGUGCCACGUUGAAAGUCACUGAACUCUUCAGUAAGGCUAUUCUACUGAAAUUGUUUGUCUAUCGAGAUUGCAUGGCCAUGUAUCGUAUGUUUUCGGAUUAAUCCCGGAACAUAUUCCAGUAUGUGCUAGCGAAACAGUUCUGUAGCUUAGCAUCCGCUUCAUUGGACCACUUCCUUAAUGAGCGCGUCACUGGUACUUCCUGUUUGAGUUUUUCCUUGUCAGCAGGAAUCAGGAGGACAGAGUUAUGGUCAAAGAGAGUGCGAGGGAGCGCCUUGUAUGCAUUUCUGUGUGUGGAGUAAAGGUGAUCAAUUGGAUUAGUAUAAAAUUAUAUAAUUUCCAAUUAUUAUUUUGCAUAUAAUAGAACACAGUAUUUCCAUUAUUUAUUUUAUACAGUCAUUAUUGCUCGUCUUUAUCAACGGUGUUAAUAAUUUCGGACCCCACUGUAUAUACUACACAGUACACGUAAAUGAAUAUUUGUGUGAAUAUUCUGGUUUACUUUUGCCCAUUGCCCUCACCAAUGUGUCUUGGCCAUGUUUGCCACAGGUAUGUGUCAGACUUCUCCACCACUCUGCAGUCAAUCAGGAAGAAGUGCAGGUUGGAGGACACGCCCAGUGCUGCUGUGUUCCAAGAGGAUUGGACCGCCUUCCAGAACUCUGUCAGGUGGGUUUUGUGCAAACCGAAACCAAACUCUGCUGGCUCUGAUAUUUUAUUUUGCACAUUGUAAUUUUCAGGACGUUCCAACAACCAUGGUUAAUGCGUAACCAGGCCAGUGCGGUGCAGUACAGCUCGGCAGGGCUUGGCUCAGUAGUAUGAAAAGGGUAUAAUUGUGCAUUAACUGUAUAUACAUUUUCUUAUUCGCCAUGUUUCCUCUGCAUUGCAGGAUCAUUGCCACCUGUGGGGAGUUGCUGAGACAGUGUGGCGCCUAUGAGCAGCAGCUGUCAAACAAGUAAGACCAACACCAUCACCAAUUGCUGAAUUCCAAAUCAACCCCCAGCCCCUACUCCGUAGCUACCUGACUCCCUGACUGAUAAACAUUCUUACUUCCCCCCGUUCUCUUGCCAUGUCCUAUAGGUGAAGUUUCAUUUGAUUUAAAUGUGCGUUAUACAGUACAUGGGUCUCAACACACUUUACAUUAUGAUCCUAUAGGAUCCUGGCCACGGCAGGGAAGUACCUGUCUGAGUCGUACAGCCCUCUGAGCCUGGCGGGCAUCCAGGAGGCCAGCUCCACGGAGAGGAAGACCAGUGGCAGGAAUCCCUGGCAGGAGUACAACUACCUGCAGAGGGGCAACAUGGCAGAGUACAACAGCCUAAUGGAGGUGCUCUACUCCCUCAAGGUAUGGAUGGUGAUGUCUGAGGGAAAAUGGAGAUGACUUGGCACUGUUAACUUUUAUUUGUGUCUGGGUUUAGUGUUUUAGCUUGGGUAAAAUUUCCAGUUUAACUAUUUUCAGAGAGAAAAUAUAGUCUUGAGGUCAAUGACUUGGUGUCAUUUUUGCUUCAAUAAAGCCUUGUAAUGCAAUUAAGUGUCAGUAUAUUUUUAGGGAGUUAGGUCUGUUGUGAGGUCUGGCAUGUUCAAGUUGCCAUUGCUUUCUAGGAGAAGGGGACAGGAAACUCCAGUCUUCUGGCUGAGCCCCGGGUGGCUCUGACCCGUCUCAACCAGCAGGCCAAUCAGCUGGCCUUCGACUCUGUCUUCCUGCAGAUCAAACAUCAACUCUGCCUGGUCUCCACAAUGGAGGUGAGUGUGUGUGUGUGUUGCUGUGUAGUAGUGUGUGUGUAUUAGAGAAUGACCAAUAUGGAUUUUCUUUAUGGCCGAUACCAAUUUUUGGGGGUCAAGGAGGACUAUAUUCAAUAUCAUUACAUUUGAAAAAUAAAUUGACAAAAUUUCUCAAACAGUCGUGUGCAUUAAUGCAUCAAUUUUUUUAUCAAACAAUACAUUUCACUGUUUUUACCAAUCUAACGACAUAACAAUAUAAUGGUAGUAAUUGUAUUUGAAUGGUCAAAAACAUUUUUUGACUGCACUGAGCCUUUAAUACCAGUCAGUGGUUGGUGUCGUGUAUAGCACUUUGUGACAUCUGCUGAUGUAAAAAGGGCUUUAUAAAUACAUUUGAUUGAUUGAUUGAUAAAUGUGUAUAAUAUCUAGAAAGGAGAGGGAGGAAUGGAUUAUUUAUUUUUUACGGCGAUGCAUGUUCUGUCUGAAUGACUCAAAUCUGCCCAUAGUUUGAGAAGUGAGACCAGCCUUCUUGGUCCAUAAACAUUCAGGAUGAUUCUUAGGUGGCUAAACCUAUUGCCAAACUUUAUUUAGGCAUUUUAAAACACUUCCUUCUUUCAUCCAUAUUACGACAAUCCUCUAAUCCGACUAUCAACUGUCAAUUUACGGAUAAAAUUGCGGCUGGUCAGAUCACCACACCAAUAAAUGGCUAACGUUACACCGUAAGUCAGAUGACUCGUUGCCGAAAAUGGUGAAUGUUCAAAAUGAUAACCAGCUAGCUAUUAGCUCCUAUCUGAUAUCCAAGCACCAUGUUUAUAUAGCCAGCUAGCUAGCAUGGUAGCUGAUUUAGCUAGCUACCUAACACCACAGAUGAAAGGGUUAGUUACUGUAAUCUUUGCUAACAGGUCAUAUACACUGCUAACAGGUAACAUACACUAUAUAUACAAAAGUAUGUGGACACCCCUUCAAAUUAGGGGAUUCUGCUAUUUCAGCCACACCCGUUGCUGACAGGUGUAUAAAAUCGAGCACACAGCCAUGCAAUCUCCACAGACAAACAUUGGCAGUAGAAUGGCCUUACUGAAGAGCUCAGUGACUUUCAACGUGGCACCGUCAUAGGAUGCCAUCUUUCCAACAAGUUUGUCAAAUUUCUGCCCUGCUAGAGCUGCCCCAGUCAACUGUAAGUGCUGUUAUUGUGAAGUGGAAACGUCUAGGAGCAACAACGGCUCAGCCGCGAAGUGGUAGGCCACACAAGCUCACAGAACGGGACCACCGAGUGCUGAAGUUCGUAGCGCAUAAAAAUCGUCUGUCCUCGGUUGCAACACUCACUACCGAGUUCCAAACUGCCUCUGGAAGCAACGUCCGCACAAUAACUGUUUGUCGGGAGCUUCGUGAAAUGGGUUUCCAUGGCCAAGCAGCCACACACAAUCCUAAGAUCAUCAUGCGCAAUGCGAAGCGUCAGCUUGAGUGGUGUAAAGCUCGCCGCCAUUGGACUCUGGAGCAGUGGAAACACUUCACCACCUGGCAGUCCGACGAACAAAUCUGGGUUUGGCGGAUGCCAGGAGAACGCUACCUGCCCCAAUGCAUAGUGCCAACUGCAAAGUUAGGUAGAGGAGGAAUAAUAGUCUGGGGCUGUUUUUCAUGGUUCGGGCUAGGCCCCUUAGUUCCAGUGAAGGGAAAUCUUAAUGCUACAGCAUGACAUUCUAGACCAUUCUGUGCUUCCAACUUUGUGGCAACAGUUUGGGGAAGGACCUGUCCUGAUUCAGCAUGACUAUACCCCAUGCACAAAGCGAGGUCCAUACAGAAAUGGUUUGUCGAGAUUGGGGUGGAGGAACUUGACUGGCCUGCACAGAGCCCUGACCUCAACCCCAUCGAACACCUUUGGGAUGAAUUGGAACGCCGACUGCGAGCCAGGCCUAAUCGCCCAACAUCAGUGCUCGGACGAUUAACGGUUGUUCUCUAGUGUGUACUGUAUGUGCGCAACAGUGAGUGUGUGUAGUCAGAGUGAGUCUUGUUUCUGUAUGUAAAUGUAUGGCUUACAUAUGUUCCAUCUUGUACCAUGGCUGUUAUCAGAGCCGAGAUGCAGGAGGUUUUGGAGAGAGCUAUGCUGAAGACCUGCCUAACUUCAGCUUGUCCCCACAGGAGUACAUCACCAAUGUAAGUUUUUCCUGCUAUGGCUUCAACAUCUACAGGCUAAUUCAAGUCAUAGAGUAAAGUAUGAUAUUGUAUAUGUAUUAUGUCAUAUAUAACCUGUCCUUGCAAGCUGUCUUUAGAAAACUAUAGUGGUGUUUUCUAUUGUAAAUGUUCACAGUUAGUGUUACUAUAGUACUAUGAAUGUUCAGGCUAGCAGACAUGAGUGUGUUGAGGUGGCUGACUGCCUGUGUUUCUCCGUGACAGAUAGGACAGUACAUCAUGUCUCUGCCGCUCCACUUGGAGCCCUUUGUGACACAAGAGGACCCGGCGCUGGAGUUGGCUCUGCAUGCAGGCAAACUGCCCUUCCCUCCUGAGCAAGGUGACUGUCUCUCCUCUGUCUCUCCUGGCUAUAUAAACAUGGUGCUUGGAUCCCACGGGGGGCCAGUAUGAAAAAUGUAUGCACUCACUAAUUGUAAGUCGCUCUGGAUAAGAGCGUCUGCUAAAUGACUAAAAUGUAAAUGUAAAAUGUUCUCUCCCCCUCUCUCUUUCUGUCUCUCCCUCCAUCUGUCUCCUUACUCUUCCAUCCUUUUAGAUGUUUGCCCCUCUGUCCGGUACCUGUCUCCCUCUGUUGUUCUUUUGCUCCUCAUCUCUCUUCCUAUUUUCCAAAUGUAUCUCUCUCUUCCCCAGUCCUCUUCUAUCUCCCCAUACCCCCCCCCCCCCUUCUCCAUCUUCCCCCACCGAACCUAUUUCCUUAAACUCCCGCUGUCUUUCUUCUUCUCCUUUUUCCAUCUUAUCCUAUCCGUCUUUCACUCACUCUUCUUCUUUCUCCGCUCUCUCACUUCAUUUCUCCCUAACUCUCUCCUCCACAGUCUCCCCUUCUCUUUGUCCUCAUUUCAAUAGCAGGCCUUGCAAUUUCCUGUGCGUUUUGUGUGUGCCUGGCCAUGCCUCACGUUUGUUUGACGUUGUUUGUCUGACUUUACUUCCUCCUCAGGUGAUGACCUUCCGGAGCUGGACAACACGGCAGACUACUGGCUGGGCUCCAUCGCCAGGGCGACGAUGCAGACGUACUGUGACGCCAUCCUGCUCAUCCCAGAGCUCACGGCCCACUCCACCAAACAGCUGGCCACCGACAUCGGUACCGACCACCACCACUUACCUACAAAAUAUGCUAGAUAGAUCUAGAACUAGGGAACUAUGUUGUACAUGGAGCAAACGUGUUUAUAAGUAUGUCAUUGCUUCUUGGGUGCUGUUUGAUCAUCUGGAGUUGGUAGUUUAGAAAAACCUAAAUCUACUGCGAGUUUUUAACUACAGACUCAUAACAUUUUCAGAUGAUUGAACGUAAACCAAGAAGCAUUACACAAUUAUACACACAUUGGUUGUAAGUAUAAAGCUAUUUGUAACUACAUUGAUGUUGCUAAUAAUAGAGCAUCAUCAAGUAUGCAUUGCCAAAGUCCUACUUGCCAAAGCAUCAAUAAAGUUAGUCAAAUCAAAUCAAAUCAAAUCAAAUUUUAUUGGUCACAUGCGCCGAAUACAACAGGUGCAGACAUUACAGUGAAAUGCUUACUUACAGCCCUUAACCAACAGUGCAUUUAUUUUAAACAAAAAAAGUAAGAAUAAAACAAAAACAAAAAAAGUGUUGAGAAAAAAAUAGCAGAAGUAAAAUAAAGUGACAGUAGGGAGGCUAUAUAUACAGUAAAAUAAAGUGACAGUAGCGAGGCUAUAUAUACAGGGGGGUACCGUUGCAGAGUCAAUGUGCGGGGGCACCGGCUAGUUGAGGUAGUUGAGGUAAUAUGUACAUGUGGGUAGAGUUAAAGUGACUAUGCAUAAAUACUUAACAGAGUAGCAGCAGCGUAAAAAGGAUGGGGUGGGGGGGCAGUGCAAAUAGUCCGGGUAGCCAUGAUUAGCUGUUCAGGAGUCUUAUGGCUUGGGGGUAGAAGCUGUUGAGAAGUCUUUUGGACCUAGACUUGGCACUCCGGUACCGCUUGCCGUGCGGUAGCAGAGAGAACAGUCUAUGACUAGGGUGGCUGGAGUCUUUGACAAUUUUGAGGGCCUUCCUCUGACACCGCCUGGUAUAGAGGUCCUGGAUGGCAGGGAGCUUUGCCCCAGUGAUGUACUGGGCCGUACGCACUACCCUCUGUAGUGCCUUGCGGUCAGAGGCCAAGCAGUUGCCAUACCAGGCGGUGAUGCAACCAGUCAGGAUGCUCUCGAUGGUGCAGCUGUAGAAUUUUUUGAGGAUCUGAGGACCCAUGCCAAAUCUUUUUAGUCUCCUGAGGGGGAAUAGGCUUUGUCGUGCCCUCUUCACGACUGUCUUGGUGUGUUUGGACCAUGAUAGUUCGUUGGUGAUGUGGACACCAAGGAACUUGAAGCUCUCAACCUGUUCCACUACAGCCCCGUCGAUGAGAAUGGGGGCGUGCUCAGUCCUCUUUUUUUUCCUGUAGUCCACAAUCAUCUCCUUUGUCUUGGUCACGUUGAGGGAGAGGUUGUUGUCCUGGCACCACACGGCCAGAUCUCUAACCUCCUCCCUAUAGGCUGUCUCAUCGUUGUCGGUGAUCAGGCCUACCACUGUUGUGUCGUCGGCAAACUUAAUGAUGGUGUUGGAGUCGUGCCUGGCCAUGCAGUCAUGGGUGAACAGAGAGUACAGGAGGGGACUGAGCACGCACCCCUGAGGGGCCCCCGUGUUGAGGAUCAGUGUGGCAGAUGUGUUGUUACCUACCCUUACCACCUGGGGGCGGCCCGUCAGGAAGUCCAGGAUCCAGUUGCAGAGGGAGGUGUUUAGUCCCAGGAUCCUUAGCUUAGUGAUGAGCUUAGAGGGCACUAUGGUGUUGAAUGCUGAGCUGUAGUCAAUGAAUAGCAUUCUCACGUAGGUGUUCCUCUUGUCCAGGUGGGAAAGGGCAGUGUGGAGUGCGAUAGAGAUUGCAUCAUCUGUGGAUCUGUUGGGGCGGUAUGCAAAUUGGAGUGGGUCUAGGGUUUCUGGGAUUAUGCUGUUGAUGUGAGCCAUGACCAGUCUUUCAAAGCACUUCAUGGCUACAGACGUCAGUGCUACGGGUCGGUAGUCAUUUAGGCAGGUUAUCUUAGAGUUCUUGGGCACGGGGACUAUGGUGGUCUGCUUGAAACAUGUUGGUAUUACAGACUCAGUCAGGGACAUGUUGAAAAUGUCAGUGAAGACACUUGCCAGUUGGUCAGCACAUGCUCGGAGUACACGUCCUGGUAAUCCGUCUGGCCCUGCGGCCUUGUGAAUGUUGACCUGCUUAAAAGUCUUACUCACAUCGGCUACGGAGAGCGUGAUCACAUAGUCGUCCGGAACAGCUGGUGCUCUCAUGCAUGCUUCAGUGUUGCUUGCCUCGAAGCGAGCAUAGAAGUGGUUUAGCUCGUCUGGUAGGCUUGUGUCACUGGGCAGCUCGCGGCUGUGCUUCCCUUUGUAGUCUGUAAUAGUUUUCAAGCCCUGCCACAUCCGACGAGCGUCAGAGCCAGUGUAGUAUGAUUCAAUCUUAGACCUGUAUUGACUCUAUGCCUGUUUGAUGGUUCGUCGGAGGUCAUAGGGGGAUUUCUUAUAAGCGUCCGGGUUAGAGUCCCGUUCCUUGAAAGCGGCAGCUCUACCCUUUAGCUCAGUGCGGAUGUUUCCUGUAAUCCAUGGCUUCUGGUUGGGGUAUGUACGUACGGUCACUGUGGGGACGACAUCAUCGAUGCACUUAUUGAUGAAGCCAGUGACUGAUGUGGUGUACUCCUCAAUGCUGUCUGAAGAAUCCCGGAACAUGUUCCAGUCUGUGCUAGCAAAACAGUCCUGUAGCUUAGCAUCUGCGUCAUCUGACCACUUUUUUAUUAACCGAAUCACUGGUGCUUCCUGCUUCAGUUUUUGCUUAUAAGCAGGAAUCAGGAGGAUAGAGUUAUGGUCAGAUUUGCCAAAUGGAGGGCGAGGGAGAGCUUUGUAUGCGUCUCUGUGUGUGGAGUAAAGGUGGUCUAGAGUUUUUUUCCCUCUGGUUGCACAUUUAACAUGCUGGUAGAAAUUAGGUAGAACGGAUUUAAGUUUCCCUGCAUUAAAGUCCCCGGCUACUAGGAGCGCUGCAUCUGGAUGAGCGUUUUCCUGUUGAUUAAUGGCCUUGUACAACUCAUUCAGUGCAAUCUUAAUGCCAGCAUUGGUUUGUGGUGGUAAAUAGACAGCUAUGAAAAAUAUAGAUGAAAACUUCCUUGGUAAAUAGUGUGGUCUACAGCUUAUCAUAAGAUACUCUACCUCAGGCGAGCAAAACCUCGAGACUUCCUUAGUAUUUGAUUUUGUGCACCAGCUGUUGUUUACAAAUAUACAGAGACCGCCACCCCUUGUCUUACCAGAGUCUGCCGUUCUGUCCUGUCGAUGUAGCGUAUAGCCUGCUAGCUGAAUGUUAUCAUUGUUGUCGUUCAGCCACGACUCCGUGAAACAUAAGAUAUUACAGUUUUUAAUGUCCCGUUGGUAGGAUAACCGUAAUCUUAAAUCGUCAAUUUUAUUCUCAAAAGAUUGAACGUUGGCUAAUAGGAUUGAUGGGAGAGGCAGUUUACUCGCUCGCCGUCGGAUCCUUACAAGGCACCCGGAUCUGCGUCCGCGAUAUCUCCGUCUCUUCCUCACGCGAAUGACGGGGAUCUGGGCCUUGUCGGGUGUCUGUAGGAUAUCCUUCGCGAACGCCUCGUUGAAGAAAAAAUCUUCGUCCAAUGCGAGGUGAGUAAUCGCUGUCCUGAUAUCCAGAAGCUCUCUUUGGUUAUAAGAGACGAUGGCAGAAACAUUAUGUACAAAAUAAAUUACAAAUAACGCGGAAAAACACACAUAAUAGUACAAUUGGUUAGAGGGCUGUAAAACGGCAGCCAUCUUCUCCGGCGCUGUUAUAAUUCAUUAAGCUUUGCAGGUGCACUCUACAUCUAUUUAUAAUUAAUCUCGGAAACCCACAACUAAAAUCUUGAUAUGCUCGAUUAAGUUCAGGGGGGAGAUGUUAGAGAAAGGUACAAAUGUGACUUGUGAAGUCUCCACCCCCUUAAAUGGGAAAACUCUGCAAGUUUCAGGCAAGUCUAUCGGCCAGAUGUCGCCUCUCUUUCCGAAAUUCGAAAGAUGCGAGUACCGGAAAAAAACAUCUGCAAACCGGAACAAAGUUCCUCGUUAGUCGUCACAUCCCACAAUCUGUUGACAGACGCUACGAUACCAUUUGUUACGUGUCUGUCCACAAGAGAUUAAUUGGUAAUAAUAUAGUAAUAAUGUAGGAAUUAAUAGGUAAUAAUAUACAGUGCCUUCAGAAAGUAUUCACACCCCUUGACUUUUUACACAUUUUGUUGUUACAGCCUGAAUUUCAAAUGGAUUAAAUUGAGAUUUAUUUUGUCAUUGUCCUACACACAAUAUCCCAUAAUGUCAUUGGAAUUAUGUAUUUCGAAAUUUUUACAAAUGAAAAGCUGAAAUGUCUUGAAUCAAUAAGAAUUCAACCCCUUUGUUAUGGCAAACCUAAAUAAGUUCAGGAGUAAAAAUGUGCUUAACAAGUCACAUAAUAAGUUGCAUGGACUCAUUCUGUGUGCAAUCAUAGAGUUUAACAUGAUUUUCAGGACUCAUCUCUGUACCCCACACAUAAGGUCAGUAAGGUUCCUCAGUCGUACAGGGAAUUUCAAACACAGAUUCAACCCCAAAGACCAGGGAGGUUUCCCAAUGCUUCGCAAAGAAUGGGACCUAAUUGUAGAUGGGUAAAAAACAAAAUAAAACAGACAUUGAAUAUCCCUUUGAGCAUGAUGAAGUUAUUAAUUACACUUUGGAUGGUGUAUCAAUACACCCAGUCACUACAAAGAUACAGGUGUCCUUCCUAACUCAGUUGCCAGAGAGGAAGGAAACCGCUCAGGGAUUUCACCAUGAGGCCAAUGGUGACUUUUAAACAUUUACAGAGUUUAAUGGCUGUGAUAGGAGGAAACUGAAGAUGGAUCAACAUUGUAGUUACUCCACAAUACUAACCUAAUUGACAGAGUGAAAAUAAUGAAGCCUGUACAGAAUAAAAAUAUUCCAAAACAUGCAUCCUGUUUGCAACAAGGCAUUAAAGUAAAACCUGAAUACAAAGUGUUAUGUUUGGGACAAACCCAAUACAACCUAUUACUGUGUACCACUCUCCAUAUUUUCAAGCAUAGUGGUGGCUGCAUCAUGAUAUGGGUAUGCUUGUAAUCGUUAAGGACUGGGUAGUUUUUCAGGAUAAAAAAGAAAUGAAAUGGCACUAAGCACAGGCAAAAUCCUAGAGGAAAACCUGGUUCAGUCUGCUUUCCAGCAGACACUCAGAGAUGAAUUCACCUUUCAGCAGGACAAUAACCUAAAACACAAGGCCAAAUAUAGUAUUGGUCUUCACAAAGUUCGCUGCUUCAGUGUUAUGAGAUAUAUCAAAUGCUUUUAUUGACAAUUACAUUUAAGUUUAUGUAAAGAGUCAAUAUUUGCAGUGUUGACCCUUCUUUUUCAAGACCUCUGCAAUCCGCCCUAGCAUGCUUUCAAUUAACUUCUGGGCCACAUCCUGACUGAUGGCAGCCCAUUCUUGCAUAAUCAAUGCUUGGAGAUUGUCAGAAUUUGUGGGUUUUCGUUUGUCCACCCGCCUCUUGAGGAUCGACCACAAGUUCUCAAUGGGAUUAAGGUCUGGGGAGUUUCCUGGCCAUGGACCCAAAAUGUCGAUGUUUUGUUCUCCAAGCCACUUAGUUAUCACUUUUGCCUUACUGGAAAAGGCAUUUGUCGUUCUUGGAUGGUUGGGAGACGUUGCUCUCGGAGGAUGUGUUGGUACCAUUCAUUAUUCAUGGCUGUGUUCUUAGGCAAAAUUGUGAGUGAGCCCACUCCCUUGGCUGAGAAGCAACCCCACACAUGAAUGGUCUCAGGAUGCUUUACUUUUGGCAUGACACAGGACUGAUAGUAGCGCUCACCUUGUCUUCUCCGGACAAGCUUUUUUCUGGAUGCCCCAAACAAUCAAAGGGGAUUCAUCAGAGAAAAUGACUUUACCCCAGUCCUCGGCAGUCCAAUCCCUGUACCUUUUGCAGAAUAUCAGUCUGUCCCCGAUGUUUUUCCUGGAGAGAAGUGGCUUCUUUGCUGCCCUUCUUGACACCAGGCUAUCCUCCAAAAGUCUUCGCCUCACUGUGCAUGCAGAUGCACUCACACCUGCCUGCUGCCAUUCCUGAGCAAGCUCUGUACUGGUGGUGCCCCGAUCCUGCAGCUGAAUCAACUUUAGGAGACGGUCCUGGCGCUUGCUGGACUUUCUUGGGCGCCCUGACGCCUUCUUCACAACAAUUGACCUCCUGUAGCUCAGUUGGUAGAGCAUGGCGCUUGCAAGGCCAGGGUUGUGGGUUCGAUUCCCACGGGGGGCCAGUAUGAAAAAUGUAUGCACUCACUAACUGUAAGUCACUCUGGAUAAGAGUGUCUGCUAAAUUACUAAAAAAUUUAAAAAUAAAUAAAUAAAUUGAACCCUCUCUCCUUUAAGUUCUUGAUGAUCCGAUAAAUGGUUGAUUUAGGUGCAAUCUUACUAGCAGCAAUAUCCUUGCCUGUGAAGACCUUUUUGUGCAAAGCAAUGAUGACAGCACUUGUUUCCUUGCAGGUAACCAUGGUUAACAGAGGAAGAACAAUGAUUUCAAGCACCUCCCUCCUUUUAAAGCUUCCAGUCUGUUAUUCUAACUCAAUCAGCAUGACAGAGUGAUCUCCAGCCUUGUCCUCGUCAACACUCUCACCUGUGUUAAUGAGAGAAUCACUGACAUGAUGGCAGCUGGUCCUUUUGUGGCAGGGCUGAAAUGAAAUGUUUUUUGGGGAUUAAGUUAAUUUUCAUGGCAAAGAGGGACUUUGCAAUUAAUUGCAAUUCAUCUGAUCACUCUUCAUGACAUUCUGGAGUAUCUGCAAAUUGCCAUCAUCAAAACUGAGGCAGCAGACUUUGUGAAAAUUAGUAUUUGUGUCAUUCUCAAAACUUUUGACCAUGACUGUAUGUCUAUACUGUGUUUUCAGUGUGUCAGUGUAACAUGCUGGCCACAUCACUUGCGUCGCAUGUGCGAACGUUGCAAUAUAAUUUUACACAUACAUGUUAUUCAAUCAUUGUACCCACACUGCUCGCGCGUGUCAACUAGUGUCUGCGUAGCCAGGCGCUAAAAUAGAACUUGGUUCUAUUUGUGAUCCUUGACGCGCUGCAAUUGUCGAAGUAAAAUAACAACCCAAUGUUUAUAUCCCAGGACAAAUUAGCUAGCAACAGCAAGCUAGCUAGCUAAAUUGCCAUAAAUGUUUAAUGUUUUUCGACCUGUCCCCAAAUUAAUAUAGUUGGUUCAGAGUUCGUUUUUAUAUUUCAACCUGUGUGUACUAAUCGCGUCUGGUGUGGGUGGACAAAAUCAACAUGCGCGCGAGCGGUCUUGUCAGCGUGUAACACAGUGUUGGUCUUCUUCAAUAUCUGUCUCCUAACUCCCCACAGACUAUCUGAGCAACGUGAUGGAUGCUUUGGGCCUGCAGCCCUCCAGGACCCUGCAGCAGAUAGUGACCCUGCUGAGGGCCAAGCCAGAGGAGUACAGACUGACAGCCAAACUGCUGCCCCGCAGACUGGUGUCCACCAUCGCUGCCCUGAGGGGGCUGGACCACUGACCAUGGUCUCACUCUAAACAGGUAAUGGACUGUGGACAAAAAUGAGCUCUUUUACUAACUCUGGCACAUUGAGAUUUAUAUGAACACUGAAAUGUUGAUUAAUGUGCACUGUCCCUGUCACAUAAGUCAAACAUUAGAACUAUAGGGCCCAGAGUUUUUUCUCAUCUUAACACAAAUACGUUGUUUCCUUCAUCGCCUGUGUUGGUCAGACAGAUCUUGUGUUUACACCUGACUAAAAAACUAAUCCAGUCUCACAGAAUGUAGACAAAAAAUGAUCAAAUGACAAAAAACAUUAUACAAAGUAUAAAUAUGGAUUGAUGUAAUGUAACGAUUAUGAUCCUACUCAAAUCGCUUGUUGCUCACUCUUUUUCCCUUUCUGUAGAUAUGAUAACUAGAAUCUGGAGUCUGGACCCCUGGUAUGGCAGAAAACUGAAAAUUCUCCAUUUAGGGAUAUUCCCAUCAUGAAUUGGCUAUAAGCAACAUCUGGGAAUCAAAUAUUUAAACUGCUUUGGCAUCAUACUGUUUGCUAUGCUGUUGUCUUCUUUUCUAUUGUUUUCUAUUAUGGUUAAUUUUUGUUAAUUUACACUUCUAUGGGGGGAAAUCAGGGUAGAAAUGGUUUUGCUUAUUUGUAAUGUACUGGAAUCUGUCCACUCAUUUAAUAAACAUCUGGCCUCUUUGUCUUCAACUCUUUGAUAAUGAAGUUCAUUGAAGAUUCAAAUUAAAUGUCUGAUUUAAAGGAGAC